UGGCUCCGCCUCGCCUCCAGCAGAGGCUGGAGCCAACCCAGCGCUGUCCGGCAGCCAGCACCCUACUCCGCCUCCCUUCCAGCCACACAGCGCGCGUCCUUCCCCAGAGCCCAGCUCCUCCUCCUCCUCCUCGCCGGGAAGCACCGGGCACCCGUCGGCCGUCUUCUUCCCCUCAGAAAUGAGGUUUUCCGCCUUACGCCGCCUGCUCUGCAGAUCAGCGGGGCCCGCCAAGAAAAGCGUCGGCGGCUUCCCUGGCAAAAGGCUGCGCCCCGUGCCGACCGCUUGCCCCGCGGCUCUCUCGCCCCAGCGAGGGAUAAGCAGCACGCGGCGCUGCGGCGAGAAGCAACGAGGAACCAGCAGCGAAGGCGCCCAAAGCUCCGCGCUGAGAGAAAUCAUUGAAACCUCAAGAAAAGCCCUGCAUUUACUGAAGCAAGAACACCCUAAAUUUAAGCCAACACUUUCUGUUAUACAGGUUGGCGAUGAUUUGGGACAAGAAAUUAUCAGAAACGUUGCUAAAGAGAUUGGCGUGGAUAUUGUUCAUAUUUGUCUUCCCCAUGACAGUACUGAAAAUGAGGUUAUAGGUGAAAUUAUAAAACUCAACGAGGAUCCUAGAAUUCAUGGCCUCCUCCUCCGCCUUUGUAGAGAAUCAUACACAAGCAAAAUAUUGAAUGCUGUGAAACCAGAGAAAGAUGUGAAUGGAAUAACAGAUUUUAAUUUGGCAAGAUUAGUACAUGGAGACCUACAUGAAUGCGUGGUUCCCCCUACUGCCAGUGCAGUGAUCAAACUUCUGGAAAAGCAAGCAUGUACUACCCUAGAUGGGAAAAAAUUACUACUUUUGGAUGUCCAAGGACCUUUGGAAGUUUCCUUGCAGUGUCUUCUUCAAAGAAAAGGGGUCAUGACUAUGAGCUUGUCAUGGAACAUGAAGCAACUCCAGACAAUGGUAAAUAUAUCAAGGCUUCGUGAUGCUGAUAUGAUGGUCGUGGGCAGUACCAAACCUAAAGAGAUCUCAGUGGCUUGGAAAAAUCCUGAGAUCACUACGGUGGAUUGUUCACAAAACACUUUAUGGGGACAGAAAGCUUUUCGUGGACAUCCAACAAGAGGCAAUGAUUUCAAUCUAGGUGAGGCUGUAGAACAUCUGGCAUUGGCAAUAUGCAUGCAGAACUUGGUAAAACUCAGUGAGCUACAGAUAGCAGCCCAGCAGUCUAAGGAAUGGAAUCUCAGUUGUUUGAAUCUACAGCCCAUUUCACCUGUUCCCAGUGAUAUUGAAAUUUCCAGGGGGCAGGCUCCAAAACCUAUCCAUAUUCUUGCCAAAGAGAUAGGAUUGCUCACAGAAGAAAUUGAAAUCUAUGGCCAAACCAAAGCCAAAGUACGUCUUUCUCUGCUGGAAAGGUUGAAAGAUCAGCCAGAUGGAAAAUAUGUACUGGUUGCUGGGAUUACCCCGACACCUCUUGGGGAAGGGAAGAGCACUGUGACAAUUGGCUUAGUCCAAGCACUGACAGCCUCCCUUAAAAUAAAUUCCUUUGCCUGCCUGAGACAGCCUUCUCAAGGACCUACUUUUGGUGUCAAAGGAGGAGCAGCAGGAGGUGGAUAUGCUCAAGUCAUACCCAUGGAAGAGUUCAACCUUCACUUAACUGGUGAUAUUCAUGCCAUUACUGCAGCAAAUAAUUUGCUGGCUGCUGCCAUAGAUGCUAGGAUUCUACAUGAGAACACUCAGUCUGAUAAGGCCUUAUAUAAUAGAUUGGUUCCAUUAGUCCAUGGAGAAAGGAAAUUUUCAGCUAUUCAACUUGCACGCAUGAAAAGGCUCGGAAUAACCAAAAUAGAUCCUAAAACAUUAACUGCAGAUGAGAUUAACAGAUUUGUGCGACUUGAUAUAGACACGUCUACAAUAACAUGGCAAAGGGUGGUGGAUACAAAUGAUAGAUUCCUUAGAAAAAUAACAAUUGGCCAAGCAAAUACAGAGAAGGGAUUUUCUCGCCAGACUCAGUUUGAUAUAGCUGUUGCAAGUGAAAUUAUGGCAAUAUUAGCGUUAACCAGUAGUCUGUCUGAUAUGAAAGAGAGACUGGGAAAAAUUGUAGUUGCUAACAACACAAAAGGGCAACCUGUGACAGCAGAAGAUUUGGGAGUAACUGGUGCUUUGGCAGUUUUGAUGAAGGAUGCAAUUAAACCAACAUUGAUGCAGACUUUGGAGGGUACUCCAGUUUUUGUGCAUGCUGGACCUUUUGCAAAUAUUGCACAUGGCAAUUCUUCAGUUUUGGCAGACAAGCUUGCCCUGAAAUUGGUCGGCAAAGAAGGAUUUGUAGUAACUGAAGCCGGUUUCGGUGCUGAUAUCGGAAUGGAGAAAUUCUUCAACAUCAAAUGUAGAGCUUCUGGCUUGAUUCCCAGUGUGGUUGUGCUUGUGGCUACAGUGAGGGCUUUGAAGAUGCAUGGAGGGGGGCCAAAUGUUAUAGCUGGUGCACCUCUUAAGAAAGAAUAUACGGAAGAGAAUCUCAAGCUGGUGUCGGAUGGUUGCAGCAACUUGUUGAAGCAAAUUCAAAUUACCCAGCAGUUUGGGGUUCCUGUUGUUAUGGCUCUUAAUGUUUUCAGAACGGACUCGCCUGCUGAGAUUAAUUUAGUCUGUGAGAUAGCCAAACAGUCUGGAGCUUUUGAUGCAGUCCCUUGCCGGCACUGGUCAGAGGGGGGCAGAGGAGCUAUCGAAUUGGCUGAAGCUGUAAGGAGAGCUGCUAACCAACAGAGCAACUUCAGAUAUCUCUAUGACCUGGAGCUUCCCAUAAUUGAAAAAAUAAGAAUCAUAGCUCAGAAGAUCUAUGGAGCUCAGGAUAUAGAGCUAUCUCCUGCAGCACAGUCUCAAAUAAAUUGUUACACUCAACAGGGAUUUGGGAAUUUGCCCAUUUGUAUGGCAAAAACCCACUUGUCUCUUUCCCACAUGCCUGAGAAGAAAGGUGUUCCCACUGGGUUUGUUCUACCUAUCAGCGACGUAAGAGCCAGUAUUGGAGCUGGAUUUAUUUAUCCAUUGGUGGGAACGAUGACCACUAUGCCUGGAUUGCCCACAAGGCCUUGCUUCUAUGAUAUUGACCUGGACCCUGAUACAGAACAAGUAAAAGGAUUGUUUUGAAGAUUCAAGCGAAAUCAGAGUCUUGAGCGGGGAAAAUGCAGUUUCUAUACUUCUUGAAACCAAGAACCAAGAACGAAUCUGAAAGACAGUUAAAACUUAUCUUGGAAGAAUAUUGUGCUAUAUUAAAGCAGAAUGAAUAAGCUCAUCUCUAAAAUAAUUCUAUACUGAAAAACCAAAGUCAGAACAAAAAAAAACAAAACCUGAACUGUUUCAUACAACCUAUGCAAUGAAAUGUUUCACAGAACAUGCUGUUGCUUAUGCACUAAUUGUUUACUGUAGUAGAUGUGGGGAAUGAAAGAGGGAUGUAUGCAUAGUGAUGGAAGGGGAAGUAACCACUCUUAAGAUAUAUUUGAACCAAUAGGCAAAAUGUUGAAGUUAAUGUCAAUUAGGAAAGCAAAAUUACGAAAUGAUGCCUUCUUCCAUUUCAUAGCCACAAUGCUGCUUUUUUUCAUUCAGCCAUGGAAAUGUCAUAAAAAUUAUGAUGGAAAUGUGUAGCUUUGGGCAUUGCUACGUAAGGAGAAGUGAGAGGCGGUCAAGUUAGGGUUUCAAAUGAGUACAGUGCUCAUAAUCUCAUGUCUCUCAUCAGCACUGCUUUCUGUCAAAUCAGUUUGGACUUUGUGCCUUGAGCUAUUUUGUUUGACUCUUCUAGAUAUUCCAAAGGAUAACAAGAAUUCUUUCAUUUUACAGUCAAUGGAAGUAAACAACAAUUUAUUGUGCAGCUUCCAAACUUUAAAGAAAUGUGCCAUAGGUUCAGUCUGUCUCCUGGUAGAAGUUUUUGCCCUUUUUUGGACAGAACUAUCAACUGAGCAUUUGAGAUCUGAGAAUAAAGACACAGAACCACACACUGUUAAGUAAAUUUAAGGAACACCAAAAUUAAAUGAACUGCACUGCUCUAGAUGAAUUUCUUAUUGGAGAAAUAUUUUUUUCCAUGCCAUUUGGGGGACUGACAAUCAAAAUUGUUUAAGCUGCACCCAGUGCUAUAGAAGUAGAUGCACUAUGAAGCCUGGAAUGAUUGAGGGUCUCUGGGCAAAAAAAAGUAAUCAGUUCCCCUUCAUUGUGUCUGGAAUUGACAAUACAGGUAGUCCUCGAUUUACAGCAGUUCAUUUAGUUACUGAAAAAAAGUGACAUAUGACCAUUUUUCACAUGACUGUUGUAACAUCCCCAUGGUCACGUGAUCAAAAUUCAGACAUGUGGCCACUGAUUCAUAUAUAUGACGGUUGCAGGCUCCUGCAGUCAUGUGAUCACCUUUUGGUACCUUCUGACAAGCCAAUGGGGAAGCCAGAUUCACUUAACAACUGCAUUACUAGCUUAACAACUGCAGUGAUUCACUUAACUGGGGCAAAAAAGGUCAUAAAUGGAGCAAAAUAUACUUAACAAAUGUCUCACUUAACAACCAAAAUGUUAGGCGCAGUAGAGGUAAAUUGAGGACUAUCUGUAUUCUUUCUCUUGUUGUCAACUGCUUUUGCUAGGGAUUAGUAUCAAAGAAAAGCAGAAGCUGCUGUCUUAUGCUUAAAGCAAAUGAUAUUGCUUCUAAGUUCACAUAUCAGUUACAUGCAAAUAGAAGACAUUUUAAAUCAGAGGUGAGAAACCUCUGGCCAAUGAGAAAGAUGUAGCCAAUAAAACAUCCACUUUUGACUUACAGAAGGUCUGCCUUAUGCCCGAAACCCACCCAAAAUUUAUUCACUGCCUCCUUUCCAAAAAUGGAAAAAAGUAUUUGCUCCACUCUUCUAUAUUGAGGAAAGUCUGCCUUCUUUUCCCCAUAUGCCUAGGAAAUAAACCAAAAUUCAAUUUGCUUCAGCAGAUUCCUGCUGCAUCAUUAUAUAAGGAUUAGGCAUUCAAUGUCCUUUGUAAACAAGGCAGAAACAACUGAACAUUCAUGUUUGCCAUGUUGAUUCGAGUUUAUUUAAACAAACCAGGAAUUUACUGCAAAAUAAAUUAAAUUCUGGUUUAUUCUUCCUCUUUAAAGAAUAGAGAGGAAGAAGUCUAAUAUUUCAUAUGGGAUCCUUUCUGUUCAUGCAUAUAGUUUAAAAUAAAUGAUUUAGCAUUAUGUUCGCAGAAAAUACUUCAGACUACAAUAUAUUUUAACAGAGACUAUUAUUCCUCAUGGCUGCUGAUUAUUAUGUGAGAAUACACCAAAUUGCACUAGUUUUACUGUAUAUAGAAAACAAACUGCAUUUCCUCCAGGAAGAUACUUUCCUUUGGUUCAAUCAGAUGCUCUACAAUCUGGAGUAGGACUUUUAACUCAUUAAGUGCCUGAAAAUAAAUUUCUUUUAAUCCUCAAAA